AUGUCCACUGCAAACGGAACACCAUCCACAUCCCCUGCCCAACCCAUCGCCUCUCCUAACCCUACUCAGGCGCCUCCGUCCCAGCCUUCGUCCCAGCCUCCGUCCCAACCUCCGUCCCAGACUCAGUCACAGCCUCCGUCACAGCCCCAGUCUCAACCUCUGUCACAGCCCCAAGCCCAAGCCCAGCCACAGCCUCAGCCGAACGCGACCGCGACCACGAUCGCCACCCAGGAGAAGAAGGAGGAGGAGAAGGAGAAAGAGGAAGCCGACAUAUUCGCUGCGCGCCGUGAGGAGGAGAAUGCGCGUCGUGACCGCUCACUUGCCGAGUUCCUCGUCAUGCUUGACGGGUACAAGCCCCUCAUCCCCGAGGAGGUUACUGAGUAUUAUCUCCAACGCGCAGGCUUCGAGUGCCAGGACCCGAGGCUAAAGCGCCUCCUCUCGCUCUCGGCCCAAAAGUUUAUCUCGGACUUGUCGCGCGACGCGUUCCACUUUGCCAAGCUGCGCGUUAGUAGCACGGCAGCCGGCCGUGGUCGGCCCGCGGCUGGCGCCGACCGCAACCGCGUCGUCCUGACGAUGGACGACCUCUCCCUAGCUCUCGGCGAGCACGGCGUCAACGUCAAGAAGCCCGACUACUACCUCUAG